UCCUCUGUUAUCGAAAGAAGAUGCCGGGGUUAACAUGCAACGCCUGCAACAAGGAAUUCCAGGACGAGACCGACCAAAAGACCCAUUAUAAAUCCAAAUGGCAUCGCUACAACCUCAAACGCAAGGUUGCAGGUGUUCCAGUAGUAACUGAAGCACUUUUUCUUGCCAGACAAUCUUCUCUUGCAGAAAAGAAAAAGAAAGUAGAUGAAACCCCAAUGAUGUAUAGCUGUGGCCUUUGCAGCGAAGGAUACAGAAGUUCCAAAGCUCGUGAGGAAGUGUUGGAUCCCUCUUGUUGCUUCAUGUGUGAUUUAGAACAUAAUAAUUUGGAGAGCUGCAUGGUUCACAUGCACAAACAGCACGGCUUCUUCAUACCAGAUGUCGAGUAUCUGAUGGAUCCUCGCGGGCUUCUAACAUAUAUUGGCCUUAAGGUCAAGAGGGAUUUUAUGUGUCUGUAUUGUAACGACAGAUGUCAUUCUUUCGGUAGCUUAGAGGCAGUUCGGAAGCAUAUGGAGGCAAAAAGUCAUUGCAAAGUGCAUUAUGGGGAUGGUAGUGAAGAUGAAGAAGCAGAAUUGGAGGAAUUUUAUUAUUACAGUAGCAGCUAUGUGGAUGCAGAUGGGAAGCAGCUUAUUGCAGUCGAUGAUACGAGCAACACCAUUGAACUUGGUCGUGGCGGCUCUGAGCUCGUUAUAACCAGAAGAAAUGAUGGCAAAACAUGAACCAAAAUACUUGGAUCAAGGGAGUUUUUAAGAUACUACCGUCAGAACCCGCGUCCAACACCUGAAAAUGACGCUGCAAUCACCGCUGCACUAAACUCAAGGAUUAGGAGCAUGGAUCUGGCAACUGAAAAGUCAAGACCAAAUGUGGUUAGAUUGGAAGUAAUGAAGGCAAUGAAUAAAUAUGGGGUCGAGGCUAUGCGUUCUAAGAUUGGUAUGAAGAGUAACGUUAUCCGCAACCUCCCCAAGAAUAGACCAUAUUAGUCUUGUCAGCAACUUUUGGUAUUUGAAUUUGUAUUUUAUUUAUUUUUUUAUUUUUUGUGUGGCCAUCUUUAGUUUUUGAUAGUGGAUAAGUUUUAAAAAUUACUGAGAUAAAAUUUUUGAUAUUAAGGAUCUGCAUAUUUCUGCACUCA